AUGGAGACAUCGAGCGGGAUCGGCUUCCUGCGGCUGUGGGCGUUCGCUCCUGCCUUAGACCUCCUCAGCUUAGCAGCAAAACAGCAGCAAAACAAGCAGCAGCAGCAGCAGCAGCAGCAGCAGGAACAGAAACUGCAGCAAGAGCAACAGCAGCAAGAGGAACAGCAGCAGCAACAGCAGCAAGAGGAGGAGGAGGAGCAGCAGCAGGAACAGAAACUGCAGCAAGAACAACAACAGCAAGAGGAACAGCAGCAUAAGGAACAGCAGCAGCAACAGCAGCAAGAGGAGGAGGAGCAGCAGGAGAAGCAGCAGCAGCAGCAACAGGAGACAGCCCCCGAUGCCUCAGCAAGUACGCCUCUUUAA